CCGUACAAACGGGCUGGCGCCGGGCGCUGCUCGCUGGAGGAGCGGAGCGGGCGGCAGCGGGCGCUCGUUGCACUGCCCGCCCCGCCGGCACCGGGAGCGCUUCCCACGGCUCCGCCACCGCCUCCUCCUCCGGUACCGGCACCCACGGGCGCCCAUGGCAUGGCGCGGAGGGCUCUGCCCCACGGCUCCGCGCCCCCGCGCAAAGUUUCCGUUUGAGAAAUACGCAUCCACUCAGCAAAACAAAAACAAAUUUUAAAGGUUGUUCUCGGUGGAAAUCACUCCAUGCCCCAUUACCUGCUUGAGUGAAACCAGACUAAGAACUUCUGUCAUGGCAGCUUUUCUGCUGGGAGCUGUGUUGCUUAUUGUUCAACCUCAGAUAGUGCCUUCCAGACCGGCUAUAAAUUCAAAGGCUGAGACUUCUGCUCAGUCUGUUCAGAGAGAGCUUUUAAAGAAAACAUCUCAAAAAAAUGACUUCAAGGAAAACAUUCAUUCUAAUGGAUCAUGCCGGCAGCUGCCACAGACUAUCAUUAUUGGAGUGAGAAAAGGUGGAACGAGAGCUUUGUUAGAGAUGUUGAGUCUUCAUCCAGAUAUUGCAGCAGCAGAAAGUGAAGUUCACUUCUUUGACUGGGAAGAUCAUUACAGAAAUGGAUUGCAGUGGUAUAUUAAUCAAAUGCCAUUCUCUUAUCCACAUCAGAUCACAGUGGAAAAAACUCCAGCGUAUUUCACAUCACCUAAAGUGCCUGAAAGAGUUUAUAACAUGAACCAAUCUAUGAGACUACUCCUUAUUUUAAGAGACCCAAGUGAGAGAGUACUGUCAGAUUACACCCAAGUGUUCUAUAACCACAUGCAGAAGCACAAGCCGUAUCCAUCCAUUGAACAAUUCCUGAUUAAAGAUGGUGAACUCAAUGUGGACUACAAGGCAAUAAACAGAAGCUUAUACUACAUUCACAUGCAAAACUGGUUGAAGUAUUUUCCCCUUGAUCAUAUCCACAUUGUAGAUGGGGAUAAGCUAAUCAAAGAUCCAUUUCCAGAAAUAGAGAAGGUAGAGAGAUUUUUGAAAUUAUCACCACAGAUAAAUGCUUCAAACUUUUAUUUCAAUAAAACUAAAGGCUUCUACUGCCUAAGGGACAGUGGGAGGGAGCGUUGUUUACAUGAGUCAAAAGGACGAGCGCACCCACAAGUAGAUACCUGGUUACUCGAGAAACUGCAUGAAUACUUCCAUGAACCCAACAAGAAAUUUUUUGAGCUCGUUGGCAGAACAUUUGACUGGCACUCAUUAGUUGCAAGUUAGUGGUGAGCUUCAGAACCUAUGUUCCAGUGUACAUCUAGAAAUUUUAAAAAGGGCAUUUAUGCUAUAAUUUAUUUGUAAAAAUCCGUAAAUACUUCUGUACAGUAUUAGAUUCACAAUUGCCAUAUAUACUAGUUAUAUUUUUCUACUUGUUAAAUUUGAAAGCAUUUUGUAUUGUUUUUCAUGGUUGUUAACAUUGUGUAUGAUGUGUCUAUAUGAAGAAACUAAAUUAUUUCACUGCAGAAGAUGCUCUCUUGAGAAUGUGUUGACUUUUUAAUAAAUAAGAAGUUCAUUUCA